AUGCAGCAAGGACGUGAGGGUUUGCCAUCAAGUUACGUUAGGCAAUCUUGCUUACGGCUGCUGGUUCAAUGUGGGCACAAGCCAAAUUCGUGCACCUUCGCGACUCUGCCGAGCUUGAAAGGGCAGAAUGCUAGUGUUGCUUGUUGGAGUGAGCAUGUUGCUUGCCGCACCCCCUGUCGCAGCACCAAGAAGAAGGCCACAGAUGGCGAGUUGGGUGGACAGAAGGACUGGACGGUCCGCAUCAUCGAUGGCCUGGAGCUUGACAUCGAGGAGCCGGAUUUGUACAUCCCAACCAUGGGCUUUGUGACGUAUGUGGUUCUUUACGGUUUGGUGCGUGGAAUCCAGGAGGACUUUUCGCCUGAAGUUUUGUCUGCAACCAUCAGCUCAGCCUUGGUGAUGCUCAUCCUCGAGCUUGCCUUGAUGAAAGGGGCGCUCUUCAUGUCGGGCGCGGUCAACACGCCCACCCUCGAUUUGUUUGCUUUGUUGGGGUACAAGUUCUUCUACCUUUCAGUUCACCUUGGGCUCGGUUUGCUUUGGGGACGCGGCAGAAAGCCAUCAGGCUUCUUCUACACCGUGCUGAUCCUUGGGCUCGCUGUCAGCUGUGGUGUUGCUCUGUGGCAGGCUUUGAGAAGGCUCGCUCGGAUGCAGCCAACUCACGGACAAGAGUGCGUUUCCGACAUGCACCAAAUGUGCAUCAAGGCACACGGCAUGUCAUUCCACAUGUUCACAGCAAGCGUUGGACAGACUCAAGGUUGA